AUGCGCUUCAUUCAAUUUGCUGCGGAGGCAGCUGAGGAGGACUGCUGGAAGGGCCCCGCCAUGAAACUCGGUGGCUUGGAAUACUUCGAAACCCCCGAUAAUGCAGCAGCGUGCCCUGAGGCUCAUAUUUACUUCUUGGGCCCUCAGGAUAAAGUCCUCUUAUCCCGUCACGUAAACAUCACUAACUCGUCGACUACCUGUGAUUCCAACCUGUUACAGGCCAUUUCUUUUCCGGCAGACGUUACUGCUACCUAUGCCAAGAUCACUUUCCUGUGUGGCAACGAUGACGGACCUAGCUGUCAGAUGAUCAGGCUUCUGCCGGCGGAAGGAUCAGAGCCAGCCGUGCCGUUAUCCCUGGCGAUGGCUCGAACAUGCCUUGAUUCCAGCACUGCGACGGCGGCUUCUCCGACGCCAGACGCUAUCGGCACAACCAGUGUCCCAUGGGACAAUACCCCAUCGACAGCCGUGACUAGUUCUUCGACUGCGGUGAACGGGGAUGCUUCGGCAUACCCCACUCACUUGACGGAGAUCCAACCACCGUCCGCAUACUCCUCUACUGACGUCGAAACAGGUGGCUCCGCCAUCCAGCCAACAUCGUCUGGCUCUAACCUUGGUUCUGCUGAGCCAACAUCCACCACUACGGACUUUUCAAUUGAUCCUUCAGAGACGAAUGUCAUGCCUACAACGUUAAUAGAGACCACCGGCGGCGCCACGGCGGGUGUACCAUCUAUCGCCCCUACUGACGCCCCUUCUGUUAUCACUCCUGAAGUCUCUCCUGCCAUCCCCUCUGGCAUGCCUUCUGCUCUUACUCCUGAGGUCUCCUCUAUCAUCCCUUCUGGUGUUCCGUCCGAUGCCACUUAUGAAAUGCCUGGAGCAACUACACUUAUCACAUCUACUGUUGCGGGCAUCAGUCAUGCACCCAGAUGCACGUGCGAAUCCUAUUAG